GGGCUGCGCGUCACCUGUUGCCAUGGCGACGAGGCAGAAGGUAGGCCCGGUGAGGCCUAGGUAGGCCCCGCUAGGCCGCGAGGUCGCCGCCUCAGCCCCGGCCGCCCCGCACGGCCCCGAGGCGGCUCCCUCGGGCCGAUUCCAGGUUUGCCGUUCAGGCGCUGCCCAGGUGAACGGGCCCGGGUUGCGAUGUCCGCCGUGACCUGAAGGACUUCCCGCUUGCCUCCCGUUCUCUCCCAUAUUCCUCCAGCCCCGAGGCGGGUGCGCAGGGGAUGGGCAGCACCCUGCCGGCUGUGGCGGAGGAGCUUCUGAGGGAGAUCAAAAGGGUUUUUCAGGAGACGGCGCACGUCCCUGAUGACCUGUUGCUGGGGUCCUCGGGACCUCGGGUAAACUCUACACCUGCUACAGCUCCUGCCACUUCUGUACGUGUCCUGCUUUUGGUUUUACUGUACUGCAGAAGAGCGAGAGCCUUCUGGUUGACCCGACCGAACCAGAAAAAAGCCCCGAACCCCAGAGCUCUGGGUCCUGGCUCAGCCCGAGGUCCGUGCCCCGAGCUGACCCCUGCAAGCAGCUGCGUGCUCCUCUCCCCAUCCCCGCUGCCCCGGCAGGAGUUGCAGAGCUCCCGGGGACAAUUAACGUCCUGCCGGGAUUUUUGCUCUUUGCCAGGGAGGGAAGUGGCCCCUGAGAUAUGGGAAAAGUACGAAAAUUUGGGACAUGCAUACUUAGGAAAUCGGACUGCUGACACCUAAAAAUAUCUGCUGCUUCCCGCUUCCAGUUUAUGACCGUAAGAGCCAUCAGCACCGCUGUUUUUGUACGCAGGGAGAAUGCAUCCGGAGGCAGCUGCCAUGCCCAGCGCGAGCGGCCGCUGCCUCAGCCCCAGCCCCAAGCCCCAGUGCUCUGCCUCAGGAGCUAAACAACUCCCGAAAGUCACGUCAGUUUAUAAAUCGCUGCUAACCUCAUGCCGACGGUGCUGCUCGGAGCCUCGGGGCCAGGCACCACGCGUGUGAGCCGCACGCCAACAGCAGGACACGCGCGUGGGUCCAGACAAAGGGUAGCGCGUGGAUUUCCCCUCCAGAAAGGAAACGAAGCGAGGGCAGAAGGAAGAGCGGCUGUAAUUCUGCCGCUGAUGCCUGGCUGGCACACAGAAACCAGCAGAGGAAGGCCGAGGCUCUGCAGAGGAUUUUCUCUCCUCCCCAGGGUCCAGCCCUACCUCCCAUUGCCGCUCACCCGUUUGCUUUCUGAGGGAAGGGAACUGGGGAACAAUUCCCGCAGGGCAGCAGCCUUCCCGAGGGGAGCAGCUCGGGGGGAGCUGGCCUGUUGCAGCGCAGCGGCACGGGGCACCCACGAUCGAGGCGAGGAUGCCCUGGUGGCAGGAGGCGAGGCGAGGGCACCCAGCGUGAUGCUGGGCAGGGUUUUUCGCUCCGCUUCGGCACUCCGAAUACAGAUACCUCCCCAUGUUACCCCAAUUCCUUACCCGUUUGUUCCAGGCUCCUACCCCUCCAACAACGAGCUCCUACCCCUCCAACAAUGAGCCGUGCCAAAGGAUUUUGGUCGCUGCGACCAGAAGGGACCGGUUUUAUUCCACCAACAAAUCUUUGGCUCGCAGCGGCGGGGCUGUGGGGUGGAAUCCAGCCCUGGAGAAGGCUGCAGAGCAAAAUCUUAGCCCCGCUCCCAUGCCAGAUGCUCCGCGGGGUGGAUUUGCUGCAGCUGGGACACUGCUGCCUGGCCCCGAUACGCUGCUCGCUGCAAGCGCGGCGGGGAAGGGAGCGUUUGCUCAGGGGCUGAGGUGGGAGCAUAUUUAUAUUUAUAUUUAUAUUUA